AUGCAAAAGACGGCACAUAAGGAGAUGCGGUGUUCAUUUUUCGACAGAAGCUCGCUUUACAUCGUACCAGCUUUCUCCCAUGGCCAUUCACAUGGAGCAGCGUCAAGCACCGUCUCGACCACUGCUUCAAUACCGGCCCCAACGCCAUGGCCUGAACAUACCACGAGCAACCCGGAGUCAUUUAACCCGUACAGCGUAAACAUGACUCAUCUCGAGCUCUUCAACAAUCUUUUCAGCAAAGAAUUUCUAUCUUUUGAAGAGUCAGGGCAACCAGACAUCAUACCCACGGCCCUCUACACAAAACACGCUCUUACGACACCAUAUCUAAUGCAUCAAAUCCUUGCAAUGUCAGCCUUACAGCUAAGCACCAGGACUACGGAUUCUCGUCGCUUUUACCGCGAAUAUGCCACAGGCCUACAAAACCGUGCUCUAUCACUCUUCAACGAAAGCAAACCGGUCCUGGAAGUGACUCCGGCCAAUUGCGUUCACAUGUUUCUGUUCUCGUCCUUGAUUGGCGUCCAUCUGCUGUGCGACACAUUGCAUUAUCAAAGAGACAGCCUUGAAGGGUUCAUCGAUAGAUUCACAUAUUGUCUAAGCGUUUAUCGUGGUGUGUUGGCCGUCAUCGACCAAAGCUGGCAUCUCCUACGUGAGACGGAGCUGGGACCUCGUCUUAAAUUGUCCCGAGUCCUGACGGAGCCGACGGAUGCGAGUGGAUCGGAAUGUGAUACACUCCGGGAUCUGGUCAAUGUUGCAGAUGGAACCCCGUCCUCGCGAAAGGCAUAUCGCGAGUCAGUACUGCAUCUUCAGCAGGUGUUCGAUGCGCAACGCGCAGCUUCGGGAAACAAAACUCGAAUACCUGUGAUAUUUGCAUGGCCGAUACUUGUCUCACCCGACUACGUAGAUUUGCUCCGCCAACGACAAGCGGAAGCCCUUGUCAUCCUCGCCCACUAUGCUGUGCUAUUGCAUCGUGGCCGGAAUUUGUGGCUGAUCGGCGAGGGUGGCCAGUUCCUAAUUGAGUCCAUUUGUGGAAGCCUGGGCUCUGACUGGCAGGAAUGGUUGAAGUUUCCAAAAGCAGCUCUCCAAGAAGAGGGCUUGACUGCUUGA